GAAUCUUAUUGACAAACCCAAAAUUUACUGUGAAAUACCGCAUCAACAACUUGCAGAAACUACCACAGCAGCGCCACUGUCCUUAGCAAGCAGGCAGCAGGCUUGAUAGACAAGAGCAAGACCUGUGGCAAGACGACUAUAACGAAGAAGACGAAAACGAAGACAGAUUGUGUGUGUAUGAUUUUGAUUGUGACAGAGCACCGCAUGGAAGCACCCAGUUGUAUAAGGAAUCUUUGUUUAUUUAUUCUUAAAUGUGUUAAAUUAAAUUCAUUAUAGCAGGCAAACUGUAAUAUUUGAUACAAAGAAAUGAAUAAUCAUAUAAGGAUGGGAACUAAUGGAUUGGUAAACCGUAAAGCAGUUCAAGUUGGUGGAAAAUUAGCUUCUGAUUUAAUUCCAAAUUGGAAAGUCAAUGGCUCAAUUAUUAUUGAGAAUACUUCAACUAAGCAAAAUGGAUUCUGUUUGAAAGAGACGAGGAGAAGCAAGGAAUCAUUUGAAGUGGUUCCUCUGUAUACUGCUGUUAUUACUUACAUUGGAUUUUAUAUGCUAUUGUUCCUUGGUUAUUUGAAUCAGUUAUUCUUCACUUCAAAAGCUGUAGAAGAAGAACAUAGAGAUGGAUAUGUUCCGCUGUAUGAUAAGUUCGAGCAUUUUUAUUCGAGGUAUGUCUACCGUCGUGUGAGAGACUGUUGGAAUAGACCGAUCUGUAGUGUACCUGGAGCUGAGCUCUAUUUGAAAGACAGAAUUACUCAUGACUAUGGCUGGACAUUCGAGUUCACUGGCACAAAAACAAAAUGCCUCAAUUUAGGCUCUUACAAUUAUCUUGGAUUUGCUGAAACAAAUGGUGUUUGUGCUGAGAAUGCUGCCAAGGCUAUUAGAAAAUACGGCUUAGCCAGUUGCAGUCCACGUAAUGAAUUAGGCACAAACCCUUUGCACAAAGAGCUAGAAGCGCUGACUGCCGAAUUCCUUGGAAUGGAAGAUGCUAUUGUUUUCGGGAUGGGCUUUGCAACCAACUCACUCAACCUGCCUUGCCUGAUUUCGCCCGGCUGCCUGGUGCUCAGCGACGAGAAAAACCACGCCUCCCUCAUCCUAGGCCUACGCCUGUCUGGGGCCACCAUCAAAGUCUUCAAACAUAAUAAUGUUGCCAGUCUAGAAGCUGUCCUGAGGGAGAAUAUUAUCUAUGGCCAGCCUAGGACUCGCAGGCCUUGGAAAAAGAUUCUCAUCGUUGUUGAAGGCAUUUACAGUAUGGAAGGCUCCAUCGUUCAACUUCCACAGCUCAUAGCGCUCAAGAAAAAAUACAAGGCCUAUCUAUACGUUGAUGAAGCGCACAGUAUAGGAGCUCUUGGUAAUCAUGGCAGAGGUGUGACAGAUUACUAUGGCUGUGAUCCCAAGGACGUAGACAUUCUCAUGGGCACUUUCACAAAAUCGUUUGCUGGUGCUGGUGGCUAUAUUGCUGGUAGUAAGGAGUUGAUUGACUAUUUGAGAGCCAACAGCCACGCAGAACACUACGCGUCUUCCAUGUCUCCGCCUGUCGCCCAACAAAUCCUGUCUUCUAUGAAGGUCAUUAUGGGCCAGGAUGGAUCCAAUGAAGGUAUGAAACGGAUAUCGCAAUUGGCUUGCAACACUCGUUAUUUUCGCCAGAGACUGCAUCAGAUGGGACUCAUCAUCUAUGGAAAUGAAGACUCACCGGUGGUUCCUAUGCUAGUCUACAUGAUUUCUAAAAUUGGAGCUGUAAUCAGGAAGUUCACGACUCGCAACAUCGCGGCAGUUGGUGUGGGCUUCCCGGCCACUCCUCUCAUGGAAGGCAGAAUAAGAUUUUGCCUAUCAGCGGCACAUACCAAACAACAGCUGGAUAAAGCUUUGAACAUUAUAGAAGAAAUGGCGGAUGAGCUGGGAUUAAGGUACUCGCAACGGCGUCGGUCGCGAACGCCGGUCGUCUAUGGAUCUGGCGUCGAGAUGCAGUGACAUAGGCCUACAUAAUUCAUAUUCCACUAAUCAAUAAGGCUGUGUCAUUUCCUGGCUAUGUGCUGCUUAUAGUGUUCUUCAUCUUUUUUGUUAUGUUGUAUCACCACUUAUUUGAGAAACUUUUCCAGUUGAAAAAUGUAAGACAUAACACCAAAAUCAAUUUAUAAAAGUUGUAACACCCAUGUUCGAAUGGAAUGCCACCUCGCUGUGCACUACCUAGUGCUAGUCUACUGGCUAUGACGGGUCGAUAUUCAUUUGAACGUUUGUGUUACGAUUUCUAAGUAGGUUUACAUUUGUGGUAUUCGGAAACGGUAACCUGUAAUAAUGCACAUAAUUAUAUAAACAGAUAUUUUUACAAGUACAUUAUUCUUAUUAUAAUAAACUGAUAGGUAGUUAUAUUUAGUAUUUAUGUGGUGACAGAACAAAAAGCCUUAUCCCGCCUUUAUCCCCACCAAAGACAUGUGAAAGGUAUUUUCAGUUUGUUGUUUAACGUGUAUGAAUUUGUAAUGUGUUAGUUCAACCAUAGAUGUAGAGAGACAAUAUAAUCGAGUACUGCUUAAAGCCUAGCAAGUGAUAACAUCCAUAAAUUAUUGUCUUCAAAAUUCUGACAAGUGUUCUUAUUGGUAUGCGUUUAGUUGAUUGAUACAGUGCAGAAAGUGUAUGAAUCGGUGUAUAUAGUAUUUGUAUUUUGAAAUGGAAGAUAUAGACUGUUUUUACUGAAACUUUAUACUGGAAUAGAUAGGAUGAUAAAACCAUUAUAUUUAUUCGGUUUAUUUAUUAUAGAUAGUGAAUCGUUUGCUUGGAAUAAAAUAACAUUAAAGCGUUCAAGUCUCAUUGAUGAGAUUCACUGGUGUUCAGCUUCAGAUUGAAAAACACCGAUACUUUUUCAAUUGUUUAUAACCGUAUAACUUGAAAAAAAUCAUGUUUAGAAAUAGUUUUCAUUUAAAAACUAUGAGCUAUUCCAAUAGACUAAUAAACUCUACAACUUACCAAAUAAAUUAUCACGUAACAAUUUUCAAUUUUGAUAUAUAAACAAUUUACUGUUUGGAUCACAAACGUUUAUUAAUAUUAGUAGGCUUCUAUCACAAUAAUUAUGUAGUUCUAGAUUACAAUGUUCAGGUUCUCUUCCUAUUAAAGCAAUCUGUGUUUUGCUUGUUUUACAAUAAUGUAUUUUUAGUAUUUUAUACAUGUAUGAAACAAAUCCAGUAUCCAAGUAGACAAAUUUAUUUUGUUCAUUGAUUUUAGAAUGUUUUGUGUAAUGUUUUAUAAACAUUUAAAAUUUAGUGGUGUUCAGUUCAAAAAGCAAAUCCAUGAAACACUUCACUGUGAGCAUCUACUGUAUUGCCCUAUAUCGGAUUAUUAUUAUUGACAUUCUUCUAAAAACAGUGGAUAAAAAUCAUUUCUAAGUGAAUUCUAAUUCCUAGCGAUGUUCAAUUGAAGUUAUAAAUUCAAUUUGGCAAUAAUUGAGUUCCAUAAUAUUUUGAUUCCAAAUCAUAAUAUUCGACAAACUCAUUUGGAACUAAGCAGGAAUUCUGCUACAAGUGCGAUUUCUUAUAAAAUGUUUUUCUUUUAUUUAAAAAAUGAGACGUUCAUGCUAAAUAAAAAAGUUUUAUUCAUCACUGCCA